CGAGUGUGGCGCAGCUGAAGCUGGGCGUCCCGCUCGCCACGCGCCGGGCGUGGGUUCGGGUAGGUUUAUAAAGUUUUGGUCUCAGUGGGCAGAAGUGAGUGGUUUGUCUUCAGGAGAUAUGCAGAGUUUGACAAGCUUUACAACACUUUGAAAAAACAGUUUCCUGCUAUGGCUCUUAAGAUUCCAGCCAAGAGAAUAUUUGGUGAUAAUUUUGAUCCAGAUUUUAUUAAACAAAGAAGAGCAGGACUGAAUGAGUUCAUUCAGAACUUAGUUAGACAUCCAGAGCUUUAUAACCAUCCAGAUGUCAGAGCAUUCCUUCAAAUGGACAGUCCAAAACAUCAGUCAGAUCCAUCUGAAGAUGAGGAUGAAAGAAAUACUCAGAAGUUACACUCUACCUCACAGAACAUCAACCUGGGACCAUCUGGAAAUCCUCAUGCUAAACCAACAGACUUUGAUUUCUUAAAAGUUAUUGGGAAAGGCAGCUUUGGCAAGGUUCUUCUUGCAAAGCGGAAACUGGAUGGAAAAUUUUAUGCGGUUAAAGUAUUACAGAAAAAAGUAGUUCUCAACAGAAAAGAGCAAAAACAUAUUAUGGCUGAACGAAAUGUGCUCUUGAAAAAUGUGAAACAUCCAUUUUUGGUUGGAUUGCAUUAUUCUUUCCAAACAACUGAAAAACUUUAUUUUGUUCUGGAUUUUGUUAAUGGAGGGGAGCUAUUUUUUCACCUACAAAGAGAACGGUCCUUUCCUGAACACAGAGCUAGAUUUUAUGCUGCUGAAAUUGCCAGUGCAUUGGGUUACUUACACUCCAUCAAAAUAGUAUAUAGAGACUUGAAACCAGAAAAUAUUCUUUUGGAUUCAGUAGGACAUGUCGUCUUAACAGAUUUCGGGCUUUGCAAAGAAGGAAUUGCUAUUUCUGACACCACAACAACAUUUUGUGGGACACCAGAGUACCUUGCACCUGAAGUAAUUAAAAAGCAGCCCUAUGACAACACUGUGGAUUGGUGGUGCCUUGGUGCUGUUCUGUAUGAAAUGCUUUAUGGACUGCCUCCUUUUUAUUGCCGAGAUGUUGCUGAAAUGUAUGACAAUAUUCUUCACAAGCCUCUAAGUUUGAGACCUGGAGUGAGCCUCACAGCAUGGUCCAUUCUGGAAGAACUCCUAGAAAAAGACAGGCAAAAUCGACUUGGUGCCAAAGAAGACUUUCUUGAAAUUCAGAACCAUCCUUUUUUUGAAUCACUCAGCUGGACUGACCUUGUACAAAAGAAAAUUCCACCACCAUUUAAUCCUAAUGUGGCAGGACCAGAUGAUAUCAGGAACUUUGAUGCAGCAUUUACAGAAGAAACAGUUCCAUAUUCUGUAUGUGUGUCUUCUGACUAUUCAAUAGUGAACGCCAGUGUACUGGAGGCAGAUGAUGCAUUCCUCGGUUUCUCUUACGCUCCUCCUUCAGAAGACUUAUUUUUGUGAACAGUUUGCCAUGCAGUACUCACUGAGCACAUAUAAACCCAUGGAUCAGACUGAAACUCCUGUUUGUGUGAAUAUAUUCAGAUAUGUUUUAACUAGUGCCUCAUUUUUACAUGUAAUGUUGAAGACUAUGAAAAAUGUAUUUUCUGCUGUAUGCAAGAAAAUAGGGCAUUUCAAGAGCUAAGUUUUGAAUUAAAAUUUGUAUUCUUGUUUAUUAUGCUUAUUUUUAAACAGAAACUUUAAAGCUAUUGUUCUUAGCAUUAACCUAUUUUUAAAGAAAACUUUUUUGCUAUUGACUGUUUUUUCCCUCUGAGUUUACACUAAUGACUACCCAGGGUAGACUGUCUCCAACAGUCUAUUUCAGUUCAGUUAAUAUAUACUAAUGCCUUUGUAACGAUCUACUUUGACCUUUGUUCUCAGAUCAGAACUAUGCAAUUGGUACAAGAUUGUUUAAGAGGAAACCAUAUCAUUUCCAUAAUAAAUCACUGUUUGAUAUAAUCACUUCUUGGUAGAAUUAAACUAUACAAGCAUCAUAACUACAUUAGAUGCUCAUUAACAAUGAAAAAUCAUUUAUUCUGCAGAUCCAAUUAAGAAAUAGCAAAUUUCUUAAUUGAAUAGAAUAGAAAUUCUUUGCUUUUAAAAUACCAGUUCUAUUUUGUGAAUUAUUUUUCUUCUGGAGGAAGGGUAAAAGUUUAAUAGCUAGAAAUUUUAAUCCCAAUGAUUUGAAGGGUAAUAAAGUACUGCUGGACUUUUUUUUUAGGUG